CUUUCUUUCUCUCAGUGCUCAGUUAAUCCUGCUGUCAGUUGGUGUUAAGGCAGCAGUCUAAACGCUGGAUUCCAAGAGAAGGAGCUGCACAAUACAGAAGGCAUAGCAGAAGGGAGGCGAGAGAGAGAGACAAGCGGGGAAAAAAAACAAAUCCAUGCUUGGAACUGAGGUUCUUUUUCGCCAAUGCAAAAGGGAAUAUGCAGCACAUUUUUGCCUUCUUCUGCACCAGUUUCCUAGGGACGGUGUUAGGGGCCAAUUUCCCCAACAAUAUCCAGAUAGGGGGAUUAUUUCCUAAUCAGCAGUCCCAGGAACAUGCGGCUUUUAGGUUUGCAUUGUCUCAGCUCACAGAAUCCCCAAAACUGCUUCCUCAGAUUGACAUUGUGAAUAUCAGCGACAGCUUUGAAAUGACAUACACCUUCUGCUCGCAGUUCUCCAAGGGCGUCUACGCCAUCUUUGGGUUUUACGACCGGAAGACGGUCAACAUGCUCACCUCCUUCUGCGGCGCGCUCCACGUCUGCUUCAUCACGCCCAGCUUCCCCGUCGACACCUCCAACCAGUUCGUCCUCCAGCUGCGCCCCGAGCUUCAGGACGCCCUCAUCAACAUCAUCGAGCACUACAGCUGGCAGAAGUUUGUCUACAUUUACGAUGCGGACCGGGGCUUGUCAGUCCUACAGAAAGUGCUGGACACAGCCGCCGAGAAGAACUGGCAGGUGACGGCGGUCAACAUCCUGACGACAACAGAAGAGGGCUACAGGAUGCUCUUCCAGGAGCUGGAGAAGCAGAGGGAGCGGCUGGUGGUGGUGGACUGUGAGACGGAGCGGCUGAACGCCAUCCUGGGCAAGAUUAUCAAGCUUGAAAAAAAUGGGAUAGGAUACCACUACAUUCUCGCAAAUUUGGGGUUCAUGGACAUUGACCUGGCAAAAUUCAAGGAGAGUGGAGCAAAUGUGACCGGCUUCCAAUUGGUGAAUUACACAGACACCGUUCCAGCAAGGAUCAUGCAACAGUGGAAGAACAGUGAUGCCAGAGAACAUCCUCGAGUUGACUGGAAGAGGCCAAAGUACACGUCGGCUCUUACUUAUGAUGGGGUUCGGGUAAUGGCGGAGGCUUUCCAGAGCCUGCGGAGGCAACGGAUUGACAUCUCCCGGCGUGGGAAUGCUGGGGACUGCCUUGCAAAUCCAGCCGUUCCUUGGGGCCAAGGGAUCGACAUUCAGAGAGCACUGCAGCAGGUGCGCUUCGAAGGAUUAACCGGCAACAUUCAGUUUAACGAGAAAGGACGUCGGACCAACUACACCCUCCAUGUGAUUGAAGUGAAACACGAUGGGGUCAGGAAGAUCGGUGAUUGGAACGAAGAUGAUAAGUUUGUUCCCACAGCCACAGACUCCCAAGGGGACAAUGAAUCGGUGAUUCUCCCAAAUCGGACGUACAUCGUUACUACUAUUCUCGAAGACCCAUAUGUGAUGCUCAAGAAGAACGCCAACCAGUUCGAAGGCAACGAGAGGUAUGAAGGCUACUGCGUGGAGCUUGCUGCUGAGAUCGCGAAGCACGUGGGCUACCAAUACAGGCUGGAGAUAGUGAGCGAUGGGAAAUACGGAGCCAGGGACCCUGACAAUAAAGCGUGGAAUGGCAUGGUGGGAGAGUUGGUUUAUGGUAGAGCUGAUGUGGCCGUGGCACCAUUAACCAUCACCCUGGUCCGAGAAGAAGUCAUAGACUUUUCAAAACCGUUCAUGAGCCUGGGCAUAUCCAUAAUGAUAAAAAAACCUCAAAAGUCCAAGCCAGGGGUCUUUUCCUUUCUGGAUCCCUUGGCUUAUGAAAUUUGGAUGUGCAUUGUAUUUGCCUACAUUGGAGUAAGCGUUGUCCUCUUCCUGGUCAGCCGUUUCAGCCCUUAUGAAUGGCAUACGGAGGAGUUCGAGGAAGGGCGCGACCAGCCAGUCAGUGACCAGACUAAUGAAUUUGGGAUAUUUAACAGUCUCUGGUUCUCCUUGGGAGCUUUCAUGCAGCAAGGAUGCGAUAUUUCACCAAGAUCCCUCUCUGGCCGCAUAGUUGGUGGCGUCUGGUGGUUUUUCACCUUGAUCAUCAUCUCUUCCUACACGGCUAACCUGGCUGCCUUCCUGACGGUGGAGAGGAUGGUGUCACCCAUAGAGAGUGCAGAGGACUUAGCCAAGCAGACAGAGAUUGCCUACGGGACUCUGGAAGCCGGGUCAACGAAAGAGUUUUUUAGGCGGUCGAAAAUCGCCGUGUUUGAGAAGAUGUGGACGUACAUGAAAUCCGCGGAACCCUCCGUUUUUGUGAGGACCACAGAAGAGGGGAUGAUCCGGGUGAGGAAGUCGAAAGGGAAGUACGCCUACCUCUUGGAGUCCACCAUGAACGAGUACAUAGAGCAGCGCAAGCCCUGUGACACCAUGAAGGUGGGAGGUAACUUGGAUUCCAAAGGCUAUGGCAUUGCAACACCGAAGGGGUCUGCGCUGAGAAACCCAGUAAACCUGGCAGUGUUAAAACUGAACGAGCAGGGGCUUUUGGACAAAUUGAAAAACAAAUGGUGGUACGACAAGGGCGAGUGCGGCAGCGGGGGAGGUGAUUCCAAGGACAAGACAAGUGCUCUGAGUCUCAGCAACGUGGCCGGGGUGUUCUAUAUCCUGAUCGGAGGUCUUGGACUAGCCAUGCUGGUUGCCUUAAUCGAGUUUUGUUACAAGUCCAGAAGUGAAUCAAAGCGGAUGAAGGGUUUUUGUUUGAUCCCACAGCAAUCAAUCAAUGAAGCCAUAAGGACAGCAACCCUUCCCAGGCCGGCUACCGCAGGAGGCAGCGGAGAAAAUGGACGGGUGGUCAGCCAUGAUUUCCCCAAAUCCAUGCAGGCGAUUCCAUGCAUGAGUCACAGCACUGGGAUGUCCCUGGGAGCUACCGGAUUAUAAUCGGCUGUGAUACAUCGCCUGGGUGAGAGCAGGGUCUUGCCAGCCCCACCCCUCCAGUGCCAAAACCAAACCCCAGGGCAAGAAAAACAACAAUGACAAAAAAGGACAAUUGGAAGGAUCUUCCUGCAGAAAUCAAAUCUAUUUUCUUUUUUGUUUGAUUGUUUUCUGAUAGAUCCACAGGCAGGAGAACAAUAGCAGUCUGUACUGCGCUAAGGACAGGGGCAAAGAAUUUCGGCAGGUUCCUGGACCAUCCCGGAACACAGAAUCACUGGGACCCUGAUGAGGACUGUACCAUUUUGUUUUAACUUGGUCGUCAAUAAGUCUUAGUGCGUGCAAUAUAUAUAUAUAUAUUUUUUCUUACCAAUUCCCCUGGUGUCAGGGCGACAUCGUCUCUCUCCCUUCCCCACUCAGCCCUUUAAUCAGGUUUAAUGUGGGAUGCAAACCAUAAUGUCUGAGCUACUAAUAACGAGAGGAAAAUAAAAUAAACGGUAAACCUAACUCACUGGGAGUGUCAGCCCGUAAUCCUUUGAUUCAUCAUGACUCUGCCGUCUGUUGCUUCAUCUCUCGGCUCUCCCGGAAAAAGUAAGGACUUUAGGGAUAAGAAAAUAAUUGAAACAGCAACAAACAUUGACUUUGGCAGAGAAGGAGACAGGAAGUGGCUGGCUGGUGACGCUUGCUGAAAGUUGCAGCUGGAGGUGGGAAAGAGCCGGCAUAACCCAAGGUCAAUGUCAUAAUUAUUUUUGAGAUGAUCAAUGGGGGUUCUAGGGAAAGCUGCUCUGAACUUGGGGUAUGAAUCCGUACCAGUCCCUGGAAAGGGGAAACCACACAUGCAUCCGGCUAGAUCAGACAAGUCAGCAAUGGACUAUGAUCAUGGCAGAUGACUGCGUAUGGGAGAGAUAAAGCAAAUAUAACAUCCAUCCUACCCCCCUGCCUACGUUAUCUGGGGUUAAUAGGCAAUAGCCAACCGUUUCUUCAUUGUUACGCUUCUGUACAUGCUCCCUUUGAUGAUGGAACCACCCUGAGCCUGUGGAGUUAACCAUUUACAAAGCAACCAGACCGCCUGCUCACAAGGAAAAUGGAACUAGAAAUGGAGGCGUUAUGCUGGGGACAUUCCCGCUGUUAGGGCUAUGAAAUUCCCUUCUGGCCAGGUGUGAAUAAAAAGGGGAUCUUUCCUGGUUAACCAGCCAAGCCAGAUCUCACAUAAUCAAGCAAACGAGGUAGACCUCCUUCAUGAGCUUGGCAGACUUCUGUAGUAUUUCCGUGAAGGUGGGCCCAGCUUCAGAAAUCAGCUCCUGUCUGGGCCCAUUGGUGGCAAAGCCAACGGCAGUGGAUUCUGGGCCAUUCAUCCUCAACAAGCAAGGGGAACUCACACGUGGCCAGCUAGCUACAGAAAAGUCUGUCUGUGAUCCAAAAUCCAGUGUUGCAACUACUGGAAAUGAAACGGCAAAAUCCACAGUGCAAGACAUGCAGCAGGGGAUCCGGCUGCUGGCAAUGUUUCCCCAGUGUCAGUGUUCCCUGCAAGCUAAGAACUUGGGCGGCCACCCAGGAGAGAUUUAAAUGCUGUCCAUGCUGUCCAGCUAAUGAGAAGAGUGCCACAGCCAACAGCAUGUGUUUCUACUGGUGGUGCCCAUCUGUAACUGCCGCAGUGCACAUAACAAAAUUUAUUUCACACACGGAUGGAAAAAAAAUUAGAGGGAACGCUGCCGGUGUAUCUGAUGUUUUGUUUGUUUUUUGGCUACAGUAUUUUCAUUUUCAUGGACAGUGGAAUGCUUUUUGUUGGGGAACUGGGAGGGGGCCUCCCCAAAAGCAAGUUAUGGACCUUUUAGAAAGAUCAAAGAUCUGUCAAACAGGAACCCUUCCCACCCUGUUCCUCUCCUCACACUUCCACUGCCUGUGUCUGGACAGUAACUUCAGACUUUCUAAGGUUUAAAGUUUCUUCCAAAAGCCAGUGAGACCCCUACACAGCCAAAAAAGGGCUGUCACCAGAGGCUCUCAGACGGGCUGUAUUUGUAAAGUUACAGAGAUGGCAAUGUGGCAAGCAGAGAACCUGGGGGCGUGGGGAGGACAGGUGGAGGAGAGAAUUUGAUGAGAAGGUGACAGGCAAAUAAUAUGAACAGCAAUGUGAUGAAGAUUUCCCUGCGUGGUUUUUCCUAAGCACGACAGGCUGCAAACCAGUCUCCAUUAGCGCAUGAUUCAUGGUGCCGUGCUGUAUGUCAGCCAACUCUAGCGACAGACCUGCUCUGAACUGUGCUUUGCCAUUUGUCUCUUUGCUACCCAUCUCUUGUCUCUGACUCUGCUCCUCCUAGGAUCAUCCUCAUGAGGCUGGCAAGUCAAAAACUCAAGGACCCUAACUAGGGCACAGCAUGUCUUGUGCCCUGGCAUGUUCCCUCUCUGCCAGUGGAAACCCUUGUAGUCUCCAUCUUUCAUCCAGCGCUUUCAUCAGCCACUCAAAAUAACUCUUCAAGGGCAACUUCUCUGUGCUUUUUAUUAUUAUUUUAGCCACCUCUUUUUUUUUCUCAGUUCUGUACUCAUGCAGGAGUGGAGCAGGCACUGAAGAUGCUUUCUUGCUUCUGUCCCAGAGCUCUUCAGGGAAAAUCUGCGGCCUGAUUCUUUGCUGGUCCCAGAACCUUUCCGAACCCAGUUAUUUCGCCACCUCAAAUUGCACUGAGAGCAGGCUGCAGAGAUUCCCGUACCUGCGGCAUUGGAAAUAAGCCCCGUCCACCUUCAAAGACCCCUCUGCCUUUGUGGCAGGAAAUCAAAGAAGCUCUGUCCAACAAUUGAAACAGCCGGUUAGAUGGCCCGCUAGGAACAAACUUUCUGUGAGAGGACUGAAUGCCUGUGACAAUAAGACAGGAGACUCAAUCUUAGAAUGCUUUUGAUCAAUGGAGGGGUGGAAAAAGGAAUGAGACAAAAGCGUGGGAAAAAAUGUUACCUUGUAAUAUGUAUUUUUACUACACUUUUCUUAAAAAUAGAAUAAUGGGAAAACUCUUAAAGACAUUGACAUUUUUUUCUCAACAGGAAUCCAUAUUUAACAGUUUCGGCUUUCAUUAAAUUUUGCUCUUUGGUA